AUGCAGAGCCUGUCUUUACCAGGUCCGACCUCACUCCUUUCUACGCCAUUUGGGCGGCCUGCAGAAGCUGAAGACGGCCUGGCCAAGUUCCGGUCCAAGUUCAGUCCUCACAGGCCUGAGCAUCAAGGUUACCCAUCCCCGCCCAUGUCAGAACCUCAUUCCCCAUCUCGUCGACCAACACAGCCCGUUGAAUCCGCGCGCUAUUCCUAUCCUCCGGCUGUGGGCGUUUCCCAAAGGCAGGACAGUCUGACUCAACCACCUGCUUCGUCAUCAGUAUACGAGCCACGAUCUGGAUCCAUCUCGCAUAGCCUUCCCUCACAGCGACCGCUGUACCCUGGAGAUCCCCAGCAUCGGGGCCAAGCGCCUCAUUACCACCACGGCCGUGCCCUCGAGCACCAAUCCUACGGACAUGGCAUCCCGAACAGCUACAGCUAUGGCUACCAAAAUGCCAGCCUGCCUCCUUACGCUGGACUUCAGCACACGGGGCCAAUGGUGCAACAAGGCGCCAUGAUUGCACCACCCCCAGCAAGGCCAACGAAACCAGCAAGAAGAACAAAGGCUCAUGUUGCAUCGGCUUGCGUCAAUUGUAAAAAGGCGCAUCUCAGCUGCGACGUUCAACGACCCUGUGGCCGUUGCGUCGCUUCUGGCAAACAGGACACAUGCAAAGAUGUGCAACACAAGAAGAGAGGAAGGCCGCGGCUGAGAGACGACAGAGAGUUUACCAGAACAGACGAGGGGAGAGCACCGCCUAGCCAGCUCUUGGGCGCGCCGCCUACCUCUGAAGCACCACCACAUCAGCCUCCUUAUGGCGCGCCAUUGUACCGGCCCUCCGACCAGCGUGUUCUGGGGGGCACUGCGCAUCACCGAGAUGUGCCGAGCGCCAUUUCGCAUCCGGGUGCGCCGGCAACCAGAGAUGCCACCAGCAAUGUCGGCGACUACGGCGGUGCAGUGCUACCUCCUUUAUACAGUGCCGGACCGAAUGCGGCCUACCAAAAACUGCCGGUCGCGUAUCUGAACUUGGAUCUGGUUAUUCAAAAGACCAAUCAGGCUUUCGCAGAUUUGGUAUCGUUCCUGGGAGACAUUAGGGGUAAACACCUCGGCGAUCUUUUGGAAGCGCGACAGAACGAGAGUCUGCAGCGUCUGCGCAACGAAUUGCGCGAUGAACGCGACGAGCGUGAGCCAACCUAUAUGGCGCCCAUUACCCCGGUUGGACAGGAUCCUAUGCGUGCAGUGAUGGAGUCUGUAGCUGAUCAGGAUAUUGACCAUGUCACCCAGGGCUUUACAAGCAGGUCCAUUUUUUUGAGUUUCCGGGUUCCUGCCGGUGGGCAGUACCAAUCUCUGCAAGUCCAGAUACGGCUUGCAAAGACGUCACUGUACUUUGUCACCCUGGUUGUUUGCUCACCACCAAGGCUGACAGCUCCACCUCUUUUGACACAGCAGUUGGCCCCUCCGACACCAAGACAUGGCUCACAGAGCAACUCGGCGCCAACGACGGCUACUGUCACGCAGUUUACGCCACACCAACCUCGUCGGCCAUCUUCGACUAGCUCCGCGCCCAACUCACCCUUCUUCAAUUUUUCAUCUAUCCGUACUUCACUCCCGGCCUUCAGUCCUAGCUCUUACAGCAGCAGUCCCUCACGUCGGUACUCGCCAAUCGCUAGCGGAGCAGAGUCAGCAUAUUUUCCAACAUACCAACCGCCCCCGCAGCUCACUUCAAACACCUACCCCUCCCCUUACGCGGUAAAUGCUAGAUUGCCAGCGGCGACGUCGGAGCCACUCAGAGAGCCCAAUCGUCCAGCACGCCUUGAAGGUUUACACCUGCCACCCAUACGAACUGGGCCGCCACCACUAGGUUCACCUUUACACAUUGAAACUGGGCCUAUCGCUCUGCAACACGAACGCGAACGUGUGAGGCCACGAGAUUCCCCUCCGAGCGGAGCCGAGCAACGAAGGCCUGAGUCUCCUGAGACGGGAAAGCGGAGGCGCUUGAAUAUCCACGAGGUACUUGAAUAG